AUGGAGAUGAUUGAACAGCAAGACCGGACUGAAUCCUCGAAGCUAAUGGAGGGCCUCGAAAGAUGUAAGUCUCUAGGAAGAAUGGUCAAACGGCAGCGCACACCGCAGUGGCCCACAUUGGCUGUCUCUCAUCUUCCCUCAAAAGAUAUCUCCGACACGCUCGUUAGCUGCUACCUGCGGACUAUCGAAACUGUCUACCGGGUGUUACAUGUGCCGACUUUUAGAAGGGAUUAUGAAGCAAUCUGGACGCCUGGAAGCAAGCCAGACACAUCUUUCAUGAUUCAACUGAAGCUAGUACUAGCAAUAGGGGCGACAUUGUACGAUGAAAAGUUCUCCAUGCGAUCGAAGGCCCUUCAGUGGGUAUAUGAGGCUCAAACUUGGGUCGCCGAACCCGAGUUUAAAGCUCAGCUUAGCCUACAAUAUCUCCAAACGAGGAUCCUACUCUUGCUCGCUCGAGAGACAACAAGUGUAGGGGAGGACUUCACCUGGAUCUCUGCCGGUGCGCUUGUCAGGGCUGCAGUCUACAUGGGUCUUCAUCGAGAUCCAGUGCACCUACCAAAAAGAACAUUGUUUGGCGCAGAGAUGCGACGCAGAUUAUGGAACACCAUCUUGGAGCUGAGUUUGCACUCGAGCCUGGUUUCUGGAGGUCCACCACUCAUGUCUCUCGACAUGUUUGACUCCGAGCCACCUAGGAACUUUGAUGACGAACAGUUGCUAACGGAGAAUCCUGUUUCAAAGCCAGAGGAUGAGUUUUCUCACACAACAAUCGCAAGGGCUUUUCGAAGGACAUGGGAGAUACGUCUCAGAAUUGCCGAGUAUCUGAAUGACCUGGCUUCCCAUGGGACCUAUGAUGAGGCACUUCAGCUUGAUCACGAUUUCAGAGCUUUGUACAAAGAACUUUCCCGUACCAUCCAACGGGCAAACUUUAAGGGUGAGCGUUCACCUGCCUACUUCGCAAUCAACUACGUGGACUUUGCCAUGCGUCGAUGGCUCAUGUCGGUCCAUGUUCCAUUUCUUGGUCCAACCUUUUACGCAACCACAUAUGCAUUCUCUCAUAAAGUGGUGAUUGACGCCUCACUUAAACUUUGGAAAACAACCAAUCUGGGUGAGGCCUUGGCGACUUCGCAAGCUGAGGAUGGCGAGAUUACACAGGCUCGGAGGGAUCUCACGAGGCUAGCUACCUCUGGAAAUGGCUAUUUGCGAACUUGCACCUUCCAAGCAAGCUUCCUACUUGCCGGAGAGCUUUUGAAUCAACUACGGGAGGACGAAGGGCUUGGGCCUCUGACAUUAAGGCCAGAUCUACUUGCUGUGUUGAACGAGUCGAAAGACUGGUCCUUGAAAUGUCUGGAGGCAGGAGAGACUAAUGUCAAAGGCUACCUACUCAACUGCUUACUAGCCUCUUAUGUAGAAGGGCUUACACAAGGUCUAGACAAGCCAGAGCUCUCUGAGUUGUUGUUCAAGACAGCAGAGGAGGCCGAGGUGAAAUGCUUGACCAUCCUCGAGCUAGCAGCCUUGCAGAACCAGACUAGACCGGACAAUCCAACACUGUCGUCACCAGACUCGCUGGCAGAUCCGAUGGGCGAGUGGGAUUAUAUGAUUUCGGACGACCAAUUCAAUUUUACUAACGAUUCGAUGAAUUGGCUGUUCAAUGACGAACCCUCCUUGCCAAUUUUCUGA